AUGGCACCAAAUGAUACUGAGUCCUUGAUCUCUAUGACGCACCCUCCUGCCACCGGCCCUGUAACCUUCGUGGAUACCCCGACAGUAAGCUCUUCAACCCCAUCUCUCAACUUCCCAAAGGAUCUGAUGUCUUCCAUCCCGAGCAAUCUGGAAGAGAUGUCACAAGGAGAUUCGGGUGCCAAUCUGGCAUUGAGGUGCCUCACACCUCCCUUGGACAACCAUACCAGCACAGCAUCCUCAUCACAGGUGGUAAAGUCACUGGAGUGGAAAGGCUCCUUCGCCAUAUCAGAACAACAAUGGCAUCAGCUAGCUUCAGAGCAACAAUGGCAUCAUCUUGCUUCCACACUCAAUAUUGUUAGACCAGUCGAAAAUUUGAAUGACCUCAAAAUUCCGAGCCGCUUGACGUUGGAGAGAUUACUGAGGGCUUUCGCCGAGUGCUUUCUCAUUUACAUUCCAUGUAUUCAUAUGCCGACCUGGAAAGCAGAGCUCGCUCCACCUUGUAUGAUCUUUGCGAUGGCAUCCAUUGGCGCCAGUUAUUACGACGAUGAUGCAACUGCAACUUCACUUCAUUGCAUUGCCCAGAUGUGCAUCAAGAAUCAUACGAGCCGCUAUGGGUGUUGCAGUGUCUGCUGUUAA